AUGGCACCAUACCCAAACAUCAGUCAGAUCAAUCGAAUAGGCAUUGUAGGAGCAGGGAACAUGGGCACCAUGAUGUCCUUCGGCUUCUCAGAGAACGGCCUCGACGUAUCGCUCUGGGACGUCUCCGAAAAGAACGUCGAUGCAGCGCGAAAGAUUGCAGGGCAGACAAAAACCAUGAAGGGCAAAUUCGACUACUUUAAAGAUAUCCACGAGUUCACCAAAAGCCUCGACUCCCAGCCGCGCAAGAUAUUCAUCUUCUCCGUCACCCACGGGUGGCCCGCCGAUGCGGUCUUGGAGAAGAUCAGCGAUGAUUUGAAGGAAGGCGAUAUUGUCCUUGAUGGAGGAAAUGAGAAUUAUCGCAAUACGGAGAGGCGCCAGAAGGAGUUGGAAAAAAGAGGUGUUAAGUGGAUCGGCAUGGGUGUCAGCGGCGGUUAUCAAUCCGCCAGGCGCGGUCCGAGCAUGUCGCCCGGGGGAGAUCGGGAAGCCAUUGAGUUUGUGCUUCCGUUGUUAGAGAAGUUCUCGGCUAAGUCUGCCGUCGAUGGCAAGCCGUGUGUCCAGUACAUGGGACCCCGUGGCGCUGGCCAUUAUGUCAAAAUGGUGCAUAACGGGAUUGAAAAUGGUAUGCUUUCAGCCGUCUGUGAGGCCUGGAACUUCCUCCAUAAGUCUCUCGGACUCCCAUACGACGAGAUUGGAAGGAUCUUUGGGAGGUGGAAUUCUGAGGGAGAGUUGAGGAAUACGUACUUGAUCCAGAUUGGCUCAGAGAUCUGCCAAACGAAAAAGACGCCACAAGGCGAUAUGCAUGGUGAAGGGAAGGGAGAAAGUGGAUAUGUGUUGGAUGAUGUUCUCGACAAAGUAGUGCAAGACGACGAUAACUCAGAGGGCACUCUAUUCUGGACAGUUAAGGAUGCCGCAGAUCGACACGUAUCGGCGCCUACUAUUACAGCUGGCCACUUCUUCCGUGUAGCUAGUGGGAAUAGGGCGCAGAGACUGAAAGUCGUUGACAAACUACAAGUCCCGAAACCGCAACGCGUGGAUUCGAUGGACAAAGAAAACCUCAUCGAGAACUUACGCAGAGCCGUCUACGCAUCCUUCCUCUGCUCGUACUGCCAAGGCCUUGAACUCAUCGCUCGUGCUUCUAGGGAUGAACACUGGGAUAUCAACCUAGGAAAGUGUAUCCAAAUCUGGAGGGCCGGGUGCAUUAUCCAAGAAGACCAUAUUGCAGACAUGCUCGAACCUAUCCUACUAAACGCGAAGGAACCGAUCAUGAACAUGAAGCUCAUCGACGAGGUCGCAUCCGAACUACGGAGCAACUUCGAUGCGCUGAAGUUGAUUACCUUGAAGGCUAUCGAAUGGGACAACUAUGUCCCCGCAAUCAGUGCAAGUCUAGAGUAUCUCAAGUAUGUCGGUGGUGGAAUGCUGGCGACUCAGUUCAUGGAGGCCGAGAUGGACUUCUUCGGUGCACAUGCUUACGACAGACCGAAUGUGAGGGGAGAAGACCCCGGGAAGCCUUCAAAAGGGGCUCACCACUACGAGUGGAGACCUGCUGUCGCUGUCUAA